AUGCAUGCCUACCCCCCGCCGUACCAAGCAAGCCGCGCGAGGAGCCGGAGCAGAAGCAGAGGAAGGUAUCACCACGGCUAUCAACCUCCUCCAGCUUACGCGGCUCCUCCUGGCUACCCAGCUCAUGUGGUAAAUGGAGGGCCUCCACCGCAGGCACCGCCCGGGUACAGCCAGCCUCCACACGCGUACCCGCCUCCUGAAUAUCCGCCGCCUCAAGCAGGCCCUCCACCUCAGUACGCUGCACCGCCAGCAGACCCAUAUGCGGCUCCCCCACCUGCUGCCCGGGAUCCUUACCGUGACCCUUAUCGAGAUCCGUAUCGCGAUCCCUACCAAGAUCCGUACAGAGAACGCGAUCGGGACCCUUACCGGGAUCCAUACAGGGACCCAUAUCGGGAUCCGUAUGCUCCACCACCUAGUGCCCCGCCACCCAGUGCUCCCCCACCCAGUGCCUACCCGCCAGCACACGCUUAUGGCGCCCCACCAGCAGCAUACCCGCCACCAGAGUAUGCAGCACCACCCCCUCCUGGCUACAGUCCUCCACCGCCCAGCUACGGUCAACAUCCCCCACCACAGAGCGCCCCGCCCCCAGCGGCUUAUCCUCCGGCAGGAUAUGCUGCACCACCACCGAUGCACUAUCCCCCACCAGCGGCUUAUGGAGCCCCGCCUCCGGGAUACUAUCCUCCGCCACCCCACUACCCACACCCCCCACAGCCGGGCUACGGGGCACUGCCGCGACGGAGCCGAUCCCCCGGCCGACUUCGUUCUCCGCAACGACUACGCCGGAUGCUGAAGCGGCCUGAGCGGCCUGAACGAAAGGCCAAAGCAAAACCAAAGGCAAAGGCGCAGGAGAAGAAGCCCCCUCCGGUCAAGGAGGACGGCUCAGCAAUGACUCCCAGAGAGCUCUCCGACGUCAAGGAAGCAGAGGCAAAGGCCAAGCGCGAGGCCAAUCCGGAGGCCACACGGGAGGAGAAGCCUCUGCAACUACUCGUGGAGAGAGCAGCGAAUCCAAAGAGCUGGAUCCCUUGCAUCGAGGAUGUGCAUAAUCGUGCUUGGAUGUACAUGUGCCAAGAGAAGAGUAUCACGCAACAAGAUUUCUUGGACCUGAAAUCAAAAGUGGAUUGGUUGGAAAUUCACGGAGCAUCAGCAAUGACGCGCAAGACGAUGUGGCUGGUGGGUGAGGGCUGCAGGUGUCCCUACAACUACGGCCAGCAGCAGGUCAAUGCGAUGACCUUUCCGGAUUGGUUCAUGGUCAUGGCCAGGCGGUGGCUGGAAUGCCUCAACUUGAAUGGCGAGGACAAGGAUGGGAGGUUUCCAGAUUGCGUGAACCUGAACCUGUACGAGACGGGUGACCACCAGGUGUCAUGGCAUUCGGAUGACGAGCCGCUGUUUCGGGGGAAGUUUCAGGACGCCCGGAUCAUCUCAGUCACACUGGGAGCGAUGCGCAAGUUCCAGGUGGGUCUCAAGGCGCCCAGAAGAGGCGGCAUCUUGAAGCCCGAGAGGGGCAGCGUGUGCAACUUCAACUUGGGCCACGGCCAAAUCUGCACCAUGGAAGGACUCUUCCAGAAGCACUACCUGCACCAGAUUGCCAAGGGGACAACACGCCAAGCUCGCAUCAAUGCGAGCACUUGGAAAGGUCUGUUGGCUGCGGCAGUGCGCGAGAAGGCAGUGUCUUGUGCAGCAGUGCGGCAGCUCCAAGAGGGAGAUGCUGCAAAAUGGGCCCUUGGCCAGAGUUUGGAGGCUGCGAAUGUGGCAGCCCCAGAGUUCCCGGAAGCUUCCUGUGCAUUCGUCACUCUGGCUUGGAGGCGCCUCCUGCAGGAGUCGAAGCAGCGGCUGAAGCACCAGCGGGCACACGCCGUGGUUGAGGUAGCGUUAUCGCAGUGGGAGAAGGGACAGACGAAGGGCCUUAUGGCCGUCGUCGUCAAAGACUGGCACAAGUAUGUUGAGGUCACGGCGUCAAACGGCCGCAAGAUCCGUGGGGCCGGAACGUUGGAGGAGAAGCUCCUCCUGGCGACCUUGAGAUUGUGCCUGCACGGAUGGCGAGGCCACCUCGACAUCAAACACGCUCGAACCAGCGCGAAGGAGCUUCGCGAGAGUCUGGACAUGCAGAGGCUGAACUUGGUCUUUGCGAUGUGGCGCCUCUGCAACUUGGAGGAGAAGAAAGAGCAGGCUUUCGGGCAAGUCGCCGAAAUAAGCGCUAUCGCCUUCGAGCUCCAGCAGGCCCAGACAUCCUUGCUGGAAGACAAGAUCCUGCUAGAAGGCAAAGUAGAGAAGGCCUUUGAGGCCCUCCAGAAGGAGCUUCAGACAAAGGAGGAGUUGGCAGCUGAGCUUCGGGAGGCAUACAGCAAGCAG